GUUUUCUUUUCAGGUUAAUCAGUUUCUCCAACCAUUUGCAGCCUUUAAACCUGUUUCCGAGUAUUCUGAUCAUCAUGAUGGAUUGAAGAUGCAGGAGCAGACUCAGAUUAUUUACAAUCAUCUUUACAUUCUGACAGAGUAAUUUUAUUUUUUGCUCAGCAAAUAAAAAUUUGUGCUUAUUGUUUGAGCUCAAUCUUACAGAAUUGACGUUUCUUCUUCCGUCAGCAACAAUUGAAGCUAAAGUUUGGCGAAAGAAUAAAAAAACAACUUUUUUUGCUCAGUUUCACAUUGUUUUCCUUUUCCUUUACAAUACUAAUUGUAUUCAAUUAUUUAGCAACAUUUAAUAUCUUCAAUUGUUGCAGUUUGUUGACUUGAAAAUAAUAAGAGAUAAAAGUUUUGGAAGAAGAAAAAGAAGAGAGAAAAAGAAAAGAUAAAUUCUGAACUUUCAAGUGUUCGAGAUAAAUAAAAUCUCAAGUAACGUGAUCAAAGUCAAGUUAUUAAAAGUUGAACUCUUUACCAUCAUCUUCAUCAUCAUUAUCAGUGUGAAGAAACAAUCAACUUUAAUUUGGCCCAGUUUCGAGUGAACCUCCAAUCAAUCCUUUUUAUCGUCAAAUCACCAACGAAUCAUUAUCGACUGGCAAUGGCUACAAAUGUUAGCUCAAGGCUUCAAACUUCAAUAAUGGCUUGUCCAUUGGUUGGUCAAUCUCGUCGUACAAUUUUACUUUUAAUUUUCACAAUUAUCUUAACAACUUUAAUUGACAGUCAAGUUGAUGCGUUUUAUAACACAAAUGAUCCAGAAGGCUUUGAUGAUUACAUCCUUAACAACUUACAGUUGGCUGAAAGUGAGGCCAAUUUCAUGGAAAACAAUCUUCCCAUUGUAAAGACGCCAUCAGGAUCAGUUGUCACCAUGAAAAGGUCGUGUAUAAGAAGAUCUGGAAUUUGUGAUGCUCGUCCAUCUGAUUGCUGUUUAAAUUCAGUUUGCCGGUGUAAUUUGUGGGGUGCUAAUUGUCGCUGUCAGAGGAUGGGAUUGUUUCAAAGGCUUGGAAGAAAGUGAAGACCAUUUGGUCAACCCAAAAGACGAACCCAAAAGAACCCUAAAAUUAAAUCUACUCCUUUACCAGCUUCCAAACGUUUCUCCUUUGUUUCAAUAGUCACCUCGUCUUUGGAUUUAUGUUGUGUAUGAUUAUGAUUGUCAGAGUUGUCUACAAUUAACUUAUUGAAACUCAUUUACACACUGAUACACAUUGAAUGAUGAAAAAUGAUUUGAGACAGUUUCAGUUUCAUUAUAAGCCAAUCCAAUCUGAAAUACAACUACAGCAACAAAGUACAGAAAAUGAUUAUUCAACCAUUUUUAAUGGUUAACCAAGUCAAUUGUUGAACCAUUUAUAUAUUAUAUUUCCUGAUCUUAUACAAUGCAUUUUAAUUAAGGCAAUCAAAGCGUUUACAGUGGAAAGGUAAAAGGUGAAAGGUGAAAAGUGAAAAUUAGAAAUUUUGUCUCAAAUCAAUUUACCUUCAGUUUUGUGGCAGUUUAAAUUGCAGUUUGAGUAACAGCCAUGAAUCAAAUCAACUUUGUAAAAUUGUCUUCCGUGAAUGUGAUUAAGUCUUGCUCUUUCUUUCAUCCUCAUCAACACCAUCUUCAUCUGCUUCAUCAUCCCUCUCUUCAAGCUAAUGGAAGAGGAGUUUUGUUUCUUUCAAAAAGAUGCAUAAUCAUAUAAAGUUGCCAUUUAAUCAUGUCUUUCAACAUUCCUAACAUAUCUUUUCAUUUCAUGAUUUUGCUUCUUCUGUUCUCUUUUUGUAACAAUUUUCUUCACUUCUCUUCUUCAUCCAUUCCUCUUCCAUUUCACUUGUGACACUUUUCAUCUUCAUCAUCUUGAUGCAAGACUUUUCAUCACUUGUCAUAAACAAUAUCCACUGCUUUGACUCCUUUUUAUCCCUACUUUUGUUUCUCACAAGACAAGCUUCCUCCAUUUUACCCAUUAUAAACUGUUAUUACUGACAGAACAAUUAAUUUUAGAAUCAAAAUCUAAUUUCAACAUAAUUAUGGUUAAAAAAUGAAUGUAUAAAUUGUUGUUAACCUUUCCAACCAUAAAAAUUGUCCUUUUUGGUUGUCAAUGAACAAAUAAACUGGUAGUUAACAAUGUAUUAUUAACAACAUAAUUAGAUAGAUAUCAAGAAAACAAAAUAAAAGUUAAUCUAACAAUCAAUUUAA